AUUCUGUUUUCCGACCUCAAGUCCGACCUCAUGUUUUAGAUCGUGCACUUCAAAUCCAUCAGCUUAUCCGUCACUCAAUUCUCGCUCUCCUUAAACUCAUUGUAAAAAAUGCCCAUCAAACCUGGCCAAAAGACGGUGCUCAUCACCGGGUGCACCCCGGGUGGCAUCGGCCAUGCCCUGGCCCUCGAAUUUCAUGCCAAGGGCGUGCAUGUCAUCGCGACAGCCCGUAACCCUGCCGUCCUGGCCGAAAUGGCCGAGAUGGGCAUGACGGCCUUGGCGUUGGACGUCACCAAUGCCGAGAGCAUCAAGACCUGCCACGAGGAAGUGUCCAAGCUGACCGGCGGCAAGCUGGAUAUCCUUGUCAAUAACGCCGGCCGCACGCACACGCACCCGGCGACAGACAUCGACAUGGACGACGUGCGCGAGACGUUUGAGACCAACGUGUUUGGCGUGAUGGCCAUGUGCGCGGCGUUUGCGGACCUGCUGAUCGCUUCCCGGGGCCUGAUCAUCAACAUCGCGUCGCUGGCGGCCAUCACGCCCUACGUGUUCGGGUCCGUCUACUGCGCGACCAAGGGCGCCGUCGUGUCGUACUCGCGCACGCUGCGCCUCGAGCUGCAGCCCUUUGGCGUGCGCGUCAUGGUGGCCAUGACGGGCACCGUGCGCUCCCAGAUCGCCAGCCGCACCCACCGCACCCUUCCUCCGGGGAGCAUCUACAUGCGCAUCAAGGACGUCUUCGAGCGCCGCCUGACCUUCUCUCAGAACAAUGCCACCGUCGACACCAAGGAUUAUGCCAGGAAGCUGGUAGCCAAGGCCCUGGCCCCUGAGUGGCCUCUGAUCUUGCGGUCGUGGUUCGGCAGGCCGGAUUGGUUCUGGGCCGGGGGCAUGGCUGGGUUGGCGUGGAUCGCCACAUGGCUUGGCGAGUGGGUGUUUGAUAUAUUCAUGUAUCGCAGGAUUGGGAUGCCCCAGCUUGAGAGGGUGCUUAGGGAGGAGGAGAGGCAGAAGAAGAUGAAGUGAGGCGCUGUGUAACCGAAGUUUAAGAGGGAGGUAACUGUUCGAAUAGGUACCAAGGUGUUCAUCCGUCUGUUCUCACAGGUUGUUCGAACGUGAAGGGUGAAUCACGGGAUCCCUGUUAAGCCUAGCGGGCUUCUUUGAGUUAUUUAGCUCUUUUCCGUUCCCGUUCCAGGUCUCGAACCGGCAGCAAGAGUGUCCCUGACUACACCGGCUGUUAGAGUAGCUCAAUGGUGUAACAGGGAGACUGUUGAUCCGAGUCCAUACGCUGAGAGGAAUUAAAGGUCUCAGUGCCGACCCUCGCCCCAUAUAGAAGUAGGCACAUGGGGUUCCACCGUAUCGAUUG